CGUUGGUGAACAAGUUCCACAUUUACCAACAAUAGAAAAAACUAAUGGAGAGUCACAAAAAUUACCAUCAGAAACUGAAAGAAAAAAAAUGAUUAAAAUAGAAGAUCAACUUAAUAGGCAUAUCCAUGAAGAAUCACUAUAUGGAAACGCCACUGAUUCUCAAGCUCGAUUAUGGUAUGAAAAUGUAACAGCAUUAAGAAACAGUAUUUUCCAACAGUACGAAAAUAACAAAAUUAUUAAAAGACUAUCUAGGAAUCCAUUAUACAAAAGAUCUACUUCAUAUCUUAGCCUUGGAGCCGAUUUUUCAUUAUCUAAAUCUUUUCUUCCAGUUUUACCUAAUUAUGCUGAAAAACCAUUGGAGCCAUAUCAACAAUCACGUUUGUUUUUAAGUCAUUUUGGAUGGUUAAGUCCGGAGGCUCUAAAAGAAGGCACCAUUUCUUUAUUAAAUAAAGCGCCUGGAUUAUUUAGAGAUAUGAGGCUGUUGGAUAAAAAACAUCCUCGUGAAGUCAUAAAAGUCGCACUUUUGUAUGUUGGGCCUGGUCAAGAGGAUGAGCAAAGUAUAUUGCGUAAUACGAAAGGUAGCUUAAAUUAUGAUGAUUUUGUAUCUAGUCUUGGUUGGGAAAUUGAUCUUGCAACACAUCCCGGAUAUCUUGGAGGCUUAGAAAGAAAUUCAACAAAUGGAACUACCUCAAUUUAUUAUUGCACAUCAACAAUAGAAUUAAUUUUUCAUGACGUUACAAAAAUGCCAACUGACCCAAAUGAUUUUAAACAGCUUAAAAAGGUACUAAGUUACUAUCUUGUAUGUAACCGAACUAAACAAUGUUUUGCUCUUGUUGGAGCUGCUUCAAUUUCUGAUGAAUUAGUACCACCACUUCAACCUCGUCGUUCUAAUAACGGAUGGCACACAAGAAAUGAAAGUGCAGCUCCAGCAGUAAAUUGGGAUACUCGCCAGACAUCUUUUCCUAGACCAGAUGCUUGGGGUGGUAGUCGUAGUGAAAUGGGAUAUUCAUCAUCAAGUCGUGGUGGUUGGAAUGAUCGCGCAUCAUCACAAGGUGAAAAUUGGAAUUCGGGUUAUAGAAAUACUGGCAGCAAUAGUGGAGGUGCUGGUCGUAACAAUCAUCGUGGUGGUAAUUUUGCUGCUGACGAUUUUUAUAAUAGACGCGAUAAUGAUGGUUAUGGUAGUUGGCAUGAAGGUGCACAUACUAUUGCUCCAAAAAAUCAAAAAUUAGAAAGGGAUCUUUUUGGUAAUGCUGGUGACUUAGAUCGUCAACAUACUGGUAUCAAUUUUGAAAAAUAUGAUGAUAUUCCUGUUGAAGCUAGCGGUAACAAUGUACCCGACUCCGUAACGCAGUUUACUAGUCCACCAUUAGAUACACAUUUACUUGCUAAUAUUGAUCUUGCACGUUAUAAUACACCAACACCAGUACAAAAAUAUUCUAUACCUAUUGUAACAGCAGGUAGAGAUUUAAUGGCAUGUGCUCAAACCGGAUCUGGUAAAACAGGUGGGUUUUUAUUUCCGAUCUUGUCAGAAUUAUUCAAGCAUGGACCACCAACUCCUCCACCAGAACCAACUGGCUAUACUCGUGGAAUGUCUCGUAGCCGAAAAGCCUAUCCUGUAGCAUUGAUUCUUGCACCGACCAGAGAAUUGGCAUCACAAAUUUACGAAGAAGCAAGAAAAUUUGCAUAUCGUUCAUGGGUUCAUCCUUGUGUUGUUUAUGGUGGAGCUGACAUAUCCAGUCAGUUGAGAACUGUUGAUAAAGGUUGUGAUUUGUUGACUGCUACACCUGGUCGUCUUGUUGACUUGAUCGAACGUGGCCGUGUUAGUUUAUCAAAUAUUCGAUACUUGGUGCUUGAUGAAGCUGAUCGUAUGUUAGAUAUGGGUUUUGAACCCCAAAUUAGACGUAUUGUUGAACAUGAAGACAUGCCCGGAGUGGAUGGACGACAAACACUUAUGUUUAGUGCAACAUUUCCACGUGACAUUCAAAUACUUGCACGAGACUUUUUAAAGGACUAUGUAUUUUUAAGUGUUGGAAGAGUUGGAAGUACUAGUGAGAAUAUAACACAGAAGAUAGAGUAUGUAGAGGAUGAUGAUAAACGAUCAAUUUUGUUGGAUAUACUUCAUUCACAACCAGGAGUUGAACAAGGUGGUCUAACGUUGAUUUUUGUUGAGACAAAACGUAUGGCAGACAUGCUAUCAGACUAUUUGAUUCAGGCAGGCUAUCCAGCAACAUCUAUUCAUGGUGAUAGAUCACAACGUGAGCGAGAGAGAGCAUUGGAUUCAUUCAGAUCUGGACGUACACCUAUUAUGGUAGCAACCGCAGUGGCAGCCCGUGGACUAGAUAUUCCUAAUGUCACACAUGUCAUCAAUUAUGACCUUCCAACAGAUAUUGACGAUUAUGUACAUAGAAUUGGACGUACAGGACGUGCCGGUAAUGUUGGAUUAUCAACGGCAUUUUUCAAUCGGAGUAAUAAGGGAAUAGUAAAAGAUUUAAUUGAGUUGUUGAGAGAGGCAAAUCAAGAAAUUCCUGGAUGGUUGGAGACUGUAGCAAGAGAAGUACAAUCUUAUAGUGGCACUCGCAGCACUCGUGGACGUGGUAGAGGUGGUGGUGGACAAAAUAGAGAUUAUAGAAAGUUUACUGGUAGUAGCAGUGAGCGAGGAACUUAUGGAAGUAGUUCUGGUGCAAAUGACAUUUAUUAUGGUGGAUAUGGAGCAUAUAGCGGUAGUGGAACAGGUGGUUAUGGUACAGGUGGAGGUGGAAGCAGUGGUGGUUAUGGAUCGGCAACGAAUGGAUUUAAUAACAAACAAAGUUGGUGGUAA